UCAUGAUGUCCCAGGCGAUUACUCCGGGGUGUGCCCAUGCGAACCCGGACUUCUCUACUCCCACGGCUCCCAGGGAUGCAGCAACCACCGAGGCCCCGCCGGUAAAGAGGCACUCGGCGUGUGACGAAUGCAGAAGUCGCAAGCUGAAGUGCUCCGGCCAGCCAGCUGGCUGCUCUCGCUGCGUCAAACAAGGGCUCUCCUGCCACUACUCGGUCCAGAAACAAAUGGGACGCCCCCCGAAGAAGCGGUUGCGAGAGGAUGAGGACGACCUGCUGCCCCCCUUUACCCUUUCGGGCAAUGAGCCAUGGACAAGUGAUUCCGACCUGGCCUCCCUCCCACCUCUGGUCUAUGAGAGCAGCGAAAACACCCCAUCGAGCUACGCAUCCGAACCCAGUCCCCAUCUCUUCUUUGCAGGUGGGAACGAUAACCACUCGGGACAAUUCUUUCUCAAGAAGCCCAUCAGCACCAUCCCGGCGACAACAAGCCCUUGGCCCGAUUUCGCCAACGUGUCGACAUCAUCGGCCAAUCUGUUUGCGCUGCCUCCAGAUCUCUCCCAGAUGCAGUCCAAUCCUGCGACUUCCGAUUCCGAACCCCCCGAUGGCCAGUGUCCCUGCCUAUCCUGCCUAUACCUCUGCCUCAGCCACCUCUCGUCUCUAGCGCCAUUUCCAGUCUCCAAGCAUACCUUAUGCUCGUUGUACAUCGCAGCCAGAACGGCCCGAGCUGUCAUACGCUGUCAGGCAUGCCCGACGCGCUUCUCGACGGGUAUGCAGAACGUCACCUUCACAGGAACACUGUUGACGGUCAUCGCCGAUACCUGGCUACGCGUUUUUCAAGCCAAUGCCGCGGACCUUGGCAGGCAGGCGACACCGCCUGCAUAUGCAGCCACAGUAGAAAGAUCCCCAGACCCCCCGGCAGGGUGGAGGGACUGGCUGCAGCAAACAGUGCGACGAGGUGUUAUUGGUGGGUCCUAUGACCCGGCUGGCAGCCCCGUGUGUGCGGAAACACCCAGCCUUCUGGCUCUCGUUGAGGAAAUCGAAUCCCGUCAACGUCGGUGGCACAGAUUGAAUCCACUGCCAGUCGGCGAACGCCUCCUUCCCGUGCCGGGGUCUAAGGAGCCGUUUGAUGAGCGCGAUGCUCUAUGUUUGCGGAUCAUUGGAACCGCGCGUGAUGUGAUCGCGAGAUUCAAUUUCCAGCCGAGCGACUAUCCGGAGGGCGUGACUCCUGUGUAGGCUUGGUGUCCAUGGCGGGGUUGGGAGUCUUAUGAUGGCCUUGGCUUGAGCCCCGGAUUUGUUGAUGUCCAAUAGCCUGGCUGCUACUUGAGCAUGCUAGAUGGUGAUGCCUUUGAUACCCGGGCAUUACUAGACCGGUGGCUUGUGUUACGAUGAACAUACGAAGAACAACGACUAUUCUCACACCCCUAGUCGGGUUGAGUGUCCAUACCCUCAUAAUAUUAGCAACUCUUUUAACGGUCGAGACAGGUCGACCUGCACAGUAUGUACAUAUUUGCAAAUUGCCGGUUUAAUGUUUAUUUUGUAAUGUCCUGGAAGAAAUCAAAGUGCAGCAGGGAACGCGGAGAUGGACCAUUCAUGCGCCGAUAAC